CGUGAAAGGGAUCGUUUAACUUGAAAGUGCUGUAAUUAACAAAAGAAAUGCACUACCCCGGUGAAGAUAAACUACGUGAAUUUGUGCUUAAAAGAAGCCCGCCUCUGUUUGAAGAGUUUGUUAAGCUUAAUAAGCAUGACAUUGCAAUCUAUUGUAGCCAAAACGAAAGCCUUCGCCCCUCAGACCUGUACAACGCUUGGAAAAAGCGGUUUACACUCAAGCUGCUUGAUCACGAAAAGAUCCAUUUAAUAUGCAACAGUAAAAUAAAGUAUGAAAAAUCAGUAUGGGAAGACAUUGCCAAAUCGGCAAACUCUAUAAUAGAAACAAAGCAAAUUUUCGUAAAUGAAGGCGUCAAGACAUUAGCGAAGGCGGCAAGUAUAGCUUCAGAAUUGGUCCAAGAAGCGUUAGAAUGGGAUGCAAAUACCCCAAGUAGUGAACAACAAAACAAAGAGGGCAACCAAGAGCAGGGAGAUAAACAAAAAAACGAAGAUGAAAAAAAGGAGUUACAGGAACGCGAUGAAGUAGAAGAAGUAUACGAAGAAACACCAGAGAUGAAUGACGAACAGCGGCUGCACGUUCUAGCUUACAAAUGGUUUGCGGGCGACAAGAUAACGGGCAUGGAAGACAUAUGCCAUUUGAGUUUUGGAGAUAUGAUGCCUGCCAAACAAGUUCUAUUGAAAGCAGUUACUUCUCUUUUGAAAAAGCCUUUAUUGAACGAACUGGAAAUGUGCGCUGUAGAACUCUCACUGUCAAGUAUCUUUAAUAAAAUAAACCCAGCAAUUGAAGAAAUUUUAUACGAGCAAGGCAAUCAAGAAGGAGCAGUCUCAACACCCCUUGAACUAAAGGGCAUCAGUAAAGUCGCCCUUGGCUUAAUGGAAGAAGUUUUUGCAAUCAAAGACGUUGACGAGAUACUGUCAUUCAUAUAUGAAAAAAAGAGUGAAAUGGUCAAGCAAAAGAAAAGGUCAUCGGAGGAGUUUAUUAUGCUCAAUAUUUUGGAAAGAGUAGUGGAGAACUUUAACCUUUGGGGCUUAAGUACAAAUGAUUCAGAAUUGACUUUCUAUCGACGUUUUGCCGAGCUCCGAUGGAGAAACAGGAUCAAAGAGCAGCAAAACCGCAAUCGAGAUCAAUAA